AUUUCACAAGUAUCAAUGGGGAGAAGCAGGUUAUUUGUUCUGGAGGAACUCAUUAAGCACAAGUUGACUUAUUGGUGGCUUUUCUGGAGUGUCCAAAUGAAAGUUGAUGGUCUGCGGGAACUAGAUAAUAAUCUGCAAGAUGGAUAGGUUGUGAAUGAACAAGGAUUGCAUGAUGAUGGCCGGUUGAAAGACAAUAAGAUUGCUGACAAUGUGAAAGAUGGCUGUGGAGGGACUGUUCAGGAAUCAGCUCUGCUGGAAGUGUCACAGCAACAGCCUCAAGCAGCAAUGGUUUGUUGGGAGCGGUUUCUCCAUGUAAGAUCCCUCAAGGUUCUGCUUGUGGAGAAUGAUGAUUCUACACGCCAUGUUGUAGCUGCGCUGCUUCGCAAUUGCAGUUAUGAAGUUACUGAAGCAGCAAAUGGAUUACAAGCAUGGAAGAUAUUGGAGGAUUUGACUAAUCAUAUUGAUAUUGUCUUAACUGAAGUAGUAAUGCCUUGCUUAUCAGGAGUUGGCCUUUUGUGCAAGAUUAUGAGCCGCAAAACACGCAAAAAUAUUCCCGUAAUUAUGAUGUCAUCACUUGACUCCAUGAGUUUGGUCUUUAAGUGUUUAUCAAAAGGUGCUGUUGACUUCUUAGUGAAGCCUAUACGGAAGAAUGAGCUUAAGAACCUUUGGCAGCAUGUUUGGAGAAGAUGCCAUAGUUCUAGUGGUAGCGGAAGUGAAUGCAGCACACAAACUCAAAAAUCUGUGAAAUCAAAAGGUGUUCAAAAAUCAGACAAUAAUACAGGUAGCAAUGAUGAGGAUGAUAAUGGGAGCAUUGGAUUAAAUAUUAGUGAUGGAAGUGAUGAUGGGAAUGGCACUCAGAGCUCUUGGACUAAACAAGUAGAACCUGAUAGUCCCAGACCCAUUUCACCAUGUGAUCAAGUUGCUGAGUGCCCUGAUAGUACUUGUGCUCAGGUUAUCCACUCAAAUGCUGAAAUAUCUGGCAAUAUAAGGAUCCCUGUGACUGAGGCAAGGGAGUGCCAUGAACAUGAAGAACAACUUGACAACAUUUCAAUGGCCAGAGACCUAAAUUUAGGUAUGCAUAGAGGUCUAGCUAUACAACUUGAGUGCUCAAGUGAGGUUCCAAUCAAACUUGUAGGCACAAAACCAAAAAACCACCUCGACGUUGAAUCUAGUAAAUUUUGUGUGCCAAUUGAUAGAGAACAGCUAGACCUGAAUAGUGAGAGUCCAUCCAGCAGAAUGAAAUAUGAAGCUGCUAAUCUGACAGGCGUCAUCACCAAGAUUACUGAUCCUGAGAAGGACAAUACAGAGUAUGAGGCUCGACAUAGAAUUUCCAAGAUCCUAGAUAACAACAGUAAAGUGAUAAAGGAUUCUGUAGAACUACCAUCCCUUGAGCUCAGUUUAAAGAGACUUAGAGGAGUCAAAGACUUCGGGAUGAUAGUUCAGGCUGACCGUUAUGUAUUGAGGCGUUCUGACUCUUCAGCCUUUUCCAGGUAUAAUACAGUCUCAAAUACAAAUAAGGGUCCUAGUGGGAAUGUUGAAAGUGCUUCUCAGGUUGACAAUAGCUUAGAAGUAGCCAAAAAGGGAGCAGUUUGUGAUAUUCAAUCUCAUUCAAAUGGGGAUAUUCGCAAUCAGUCCUCAAAUGCCGGAAGCAACAACAUGGAUAUGGGUUCCACCACUAAUAAUGUUUUUAUUAAGCCAGUACUUCUGAAGAAUAAGUCAGAAGUUUCAUCCACAAUUAACUGUUUGCAUCAAUCACAUCCUUUUCAGCCUAUGAAAAAUGACCAUUUAUGCGGCCCUCACCAUGUUGCAUCGGACAAGGGGGAGAGUGUGAUGGCUACAUCAACUUUGGCUCAACCAAGGGACACAAACCAAGAACCCCAAAUUCAGCACCUCACUCACCUUUAUGAUAAUUGUCAACAUCUUGUCUACAACAUGCAACAGCAACAGCCGCCACAUGAUCAUGAUCGUUUAUUAUUAAAAAAAAUGGCUGCAACUGUUCCACAUUGUGGGUCAUCCAGUGUGUUGGGUGGACUAGUUGAAGGUAAUGCUGGAAAUCACAGUGUCAACGGAAGUGCCUCAGGCAGUAACCAUGGGAGCAAUGGGCAAAAUGGGAGCAGUAUUGCAAUGAAUGCGGGAGGGAUGAACAUAGAAAGUGAUAAUGGGGUUGCUGAUAAAAGUGAAAGUGGCAAUGCAAGUGGCAGUGGUAGUGGAAGCAGAGUUGAUCAAAAUAAGUUCAGCCUAAGGGAAGCUGCCUUGACCAAGUUUCGCCAGAAGAGAAAGGAGAGAUGCUUUCGGAAAAGGGUUCGGUACCAAAGUAGGAAGAGGCUAGCAGAACAACGACCUCGCAUUCGGGGACAAUUUGUGCGACAGACUGCAAAUGAUAACACAAGCAGGGAAGCAGAAAGCUAGCUCAACCAUCCUCCUGACAUUAUGCAAAGAUCUGAUCUACUUUUUAUUAGCAAAAUGCGAAUCUAGUAAGCCCUUUCCACGCAUUCCUACAAAGAAUUUGUUGUUUAAAGUUGUUUGAGAAUGCUAUCUAGACAUCUUGAACUGUACUUCAUAGUUGUGGACUUCUAUUUUUACCUGUAGACAAAUCCUUUUACUUUGUGAAAUGGUCUUCCCAAACUGCUAAAACAAAAGAAUGUAAGACCCUUUUUUUCCUCC